AUGGAUUCUUGGGGACUCACCACAACUGUCCUUCUAACUUGUGUCCUUUUUCUGAUCUUAUCUUUAUGGAACCAUGGGAUCAAAAAGGGGAAGCUCCCACCGGGUCCCAUUCCUAUUCCCAUUUUUGGAAACCUCCUGCAAUUUGAUUUCAAGAACAUGGCUGCAACAUUCUCUGAGCUGGCUAAAAAAUAUGGCUCCAUAUAUACUCUUUAUUUUGGAACUCAGCGUGUUGUGGUGCUACAUGGAUAUAAUACCGUGAAGGAAGCUCUAAUUGAUCAAGGAGAUAUUUUUCUGGAAAGAGGAAAUGUACCAAUAUUUGAAGAUACUGUCAAAGGACAAGGAGUUGUUUUCGGCCGUGGAGAAAGGUGGAAACAAAAUCGGAGAUUUUCUCUGAUGACACUAAGGAACUUUGGGAUGGGGAAGAGAAGUAUUGAAGAGAGAGUUCAGGAGGAAGCCCAGUGCCUGGUGGAGGAACUCAGGAAAACAGAAGGUCAACCUAAUGAUCCCACCUUCAUCCUUGGCUGUGCUCCAUGCAAUGUGAUCUGCUCUAUACUUUUCCGUGACCGAUUCAACUACAAAGAUGAGAGAUUUCUAUAUCUGAUGGGUUUAUUAAAUGAAAACUUUAAACUGUUUACUGACCCAUGGAUACAGCUCUACAACUUUUUACCAGCAUUCAGAGUGCAUCUUCCUGGAAAGCAUAAAAAAAUUUUGAAAAAUAUUGAGGAACUAAAACAUUUCAUUUCGGAAAGAGUGAAGGAGCAUCAAGAGAUACUGGAUCCUAACAACCCUCAAGACUACAUUGACUGCUACCUCUCCAAAAUGCAGCAGGAGAAAGACAAUCUCCCACCUGAAUUUGACUUGGAGAAUCUUAUAUGGACUGGAGCAGAUUUAUUUGCUGCAGGAACAGAGACCACUAGCAGCACUCUAAGAUAUGGUCUGCUGCUUAUUCUUAAACAUCCUGAGGUCCAAGCAAAAAUUCAUGAAGAAAUUAAUCGUGUGAUUGGACACAAUCGAAUUCCUUCCAUAAAGGACAGGCAAGAUAUGCCCUAUAUGGAUGCUGUGGUGCAUGAAGUGCAAAGAUUCAUUGACCUCAUACCUCUCAACCUGCCCCAUGCAGUGAACAAGGACAUCCAAUUCCAACAAUAUACCAUCCCCAAGGGCACAAACAUCUUCCCAUUGCUUUCGCCAGUCUUACGUGACAGUAAAGCAUUCUCCAACCCUGACCAAUUUGACCCUCAGCAUUUUCUGGAUAAAAAUGGAAGUUUCAAGAAAAGUGACUACUUCAUGCCCUUUUCUGCUGGUAAAAAAGAAACCCUCCUGAUCUCUGUCUCUACUCUAAAGGGAGAUUCCUUUCCCCAUUCCCACCCUUCUCAGGCAAAGCGUCCUCUUAGAAGUUUUUCUGAUGUUGUACCAACCCUGUGUAGCACAUGA